AUGGAGGGAAGGUUGGAGCAGCUAGGUCUUUGGGUGUUCGACGAUAGGGCUGUGGUGACGUGGUCAUGUGUCGGCAGCAUCAACGGGCUGGCGUUGGCGCUGGGCGGUAGCGGUGCAGGCAGCCCUGCAACGGCGAACGACUCUCGGGACCAGACGACGACUUCAUCUCGUGCGCCUUCCCCGCCGCCAAACGAGAGGCAGCAGCACUCCAGGUAG